AUGUUACAGUACUUUCUAGCGCCCACGCGUGACACGCCACCCGAGACUCUCAUAAGACUAGGUAACAUCAUCGAACAACCGCGUUUCGCAGACCAGCCUCUCAAUCGAAAUCCACUUCCAAUCGAUAAUAUCAUCGUAGGCCCUGAAUCGAAAGACCAUGGGUUGGCGUUCGAUCAUACCAAAACAUACAGCAUCGGCAUCUGGGCCUCUUUCCUCAUGCAAAUCCUCGGCGUCGGCGGAGAUAUCAACAUGCAAAUCUCCAAUGGAACAACGGAGAGUUGGAAUUGCGACACGAUAAGGACGUUGUUCUUCGAACCAACCACGGAGUACAUCAAGAAGAGUCUUGAAAUCACGUCCGUUAAGGAGUACAUUCGAGACAACAGAAAUUGGCUAUACGACACAAAGCUAUACAUGAUCACGGGCAUAAAGAUCGCUUAUGGCGCUAAGGGUACAGUGACCUAUGCGCGUAACAAAAGCAUACAUCUCCAUCUUGGUGUUGAUGCUACACCAGUGGGUGUGCCUGUUCAAACUGGUCCGGAUAUAGGGGUAGAGAAGGGUCGUAAUAUGACGCAGAAUAUUGGAGACAAGGAACCUUUUGUGCUUGCAUUCCGCAUGCAGAGAAUCAAGGUGUCAGCUAAAGGGGAGAUCAGACAUCGACGGGAGGAAGGCGAGAUGCUGGGCCUUGACGAUGAUGAUGAGGACGAGAAAGACGAGGAGCCUGUGGAACUUAUGGUGGAUGGACUGGAGAGCGUGGACGCGCAUGCGGAGGAGUUUGGCAUUCGUACAUCGUGGGUAGUGGGGGAUGAAGGGGUUGGGGAUACGAGUAACUGCGCUCUGGCAGAAGACGACUGA